AUGCAUUCAAAAUCUAAAAGUGUGAAUCAACUAGAAUCUGAACCACCAAAUAUGCAGCAGACUGGUAGUUAUUCUGAACCUUGGUGGCGCAGUAUUGGGUACAAUCCUAUCUCCCCGCCAGCAGCAGGAGGAAAUGUGUCCAAUUCAACAUCACUGGAAUGCACUAAUGGUGCUUCCGAAUCUAAUGAGGGUCAGUCGAUGUCAAAUGAUGAUUUGAAUGAAGAAGACGAUGAUGAUAACACAAAAGACUCACAAGCUGCAAGUUAUGGGCAAGAACAGCACAACACCCAGCGUGCUGUUUCAACUGCACCUACAGUGCAUGGUGGAUGUAUCACACAACCUCCUCAGCUGGAACUUGUAGGCCACAAUAUAGCGUGUGCAUCAAAUCCAUAUCAAGAUCCUUAUUAUCCAGGACUGAUGACUGCCUAUGGGCAUCAACCUUUGGGUUAUCCUCCUUUUCUUGGGAUGCCACAUGCUAGAAUGGCUCUGCCCCUUGAGGUGACACAGGAGCCAGUUUUUGUGAAUGCCAAACAAUACCAAGGGAUUCUAAGGCGAAGACAAGCACGUGCUAAAGCAGAGGUCGAGAAUAAACUGAUAAAAGUUAGAAAGCCAUAUCUUCAUGAGUCUCGUCACCAGCAUGCCAUGAGAAGGGCAAGGGGUAGUGGAGGACGUUUUGCCAAGAAGAGUGAAGUUAAUUCUUCGUGCUCUACUAUGAAGGAUAAGGAAUGUGGAUCUGGUCAAGCUAUCUCAUCGCACUCAGCUAGUUCAUCUGGUUCUGAAGCUGUGCCUCGUGUCUUGGCUGAAACCUGGAAUUCCUCCAAUGGUCAACAAGAAGCAAGGACGCAGUUGCAUGAGACAUAUGAAGCUCGUACUUAUGUAAAUGGCAGUAGCCAUUUUCAAAACUACAGUAGCUUCCAAGCUUCAUCAUAUGCUUUACGUACUGGCGAGAGAGGUGAAGAUGGAGACUGUUCGGGACAGCAACGAGGAAGUAUCUCAGAAAAUCAGGCGGCACAGAGGCGUCUUGCCAUUAAGUGAACGUACUGAAAAUAUGGGGUACCCCUUGGUUAUAUCUGUGGGGCUACAUUCCCUGGCAGUCCUCUGCUAGGCGGCAAAUCAUUCUUGGCUUUGUUCUGGUGCAUGUUCCCAAAGGAGAUGGGAUGAUCUAAGUUGGCCAUUUGGACCCUAGUUCUAGUUAAGUCCUUGGAUGCUUUAUUUCAUCAACCUCCCCCAUUUUUAACUUGUGUAUAGAACACUCCAUAGAUUUCAGACGCUGUUUUAUUUUAUUUUCCAAACCACCUUUCUAGAUCAAAUGUUCAACUGUUGUGUACUUGUGAGUGUGUCAAAGCUUGAAUUGUGAUUCUUGAUUUAGUUGCAAA